AUGCCUCACGAGGCCUCCAACCUCGAACGUCAGCCUCCAACUCCCUCCCUUCAACCUUCAACGUCAGCCUCCAAGCUAAGCCUCCAAUCUCAGCCUCCAACUCCCUCCCUCCAACGUCUGCCCCCAAGGUCAGCCUCCAACGUCAGCCUCCAACUCCCUCCCUUCAACCUCCAACGUCAGCCUCCAACCUCAGUCUCCAACCUCCUCCUCCAACUCCCUCCCUUCAACCUCCAACGUCAGCCUCCAACGUCAGUCUCCAACCUCCUCCUCCAACUCCCUCCCUUCAACCUCCAACCUCAGCCUCCAACGUCAGUCUCCAACCUCCUCCUCCAACUCCCUCCCUUCAACCUCCAACGUCAACCUCCAACCAUACUCAGCGUCACGCCAGACACUCAUGGUUCACCGGACCCUCAUCUUACUCAUCAGUGA